AUGAAAGCCGCCAAAUAUUUGACUCUCCCUUUAGCAUAUGCUGUAUGCCUUCUUUUACUUUCAAAUGAAGCACAAGCAAAAGCAUCUACUACUAAACAAUUAGAAGAUAUAAGUCAAUGGACAAAAGAUCAAGUUCAGGCAUAUCUUGAUAAAUAUCAAAUUUAUUAUGACAAGAAUGUGAAUGAUGAAUCUCUUUGGGAAACAGCUAAAAAAUACCGUGAUGCUGCAGCUAUUCAUUCAGAUUUUUUCCUUCAUAAUGAUAAUAGUAUUUCACGUUUAGUAGAGGGACUUAAGAUUAAACUUGAAAAGCAGUAUAAUUUAGCUGAUAACAGUGUUGAUGGAUUAUUAAGAGAUGUUAACCAUGAAUUAAAGCAACUCGAGUUAAGUGGUAAUUUGAAGCAAGAUAAAGUAAAGCAGGCCUUGGAUAAAUACCAAACUAAGGCUGUGAAACAGAAAUACGUCACUGCUGCACAAUGGAAAGAAAUUUCCAAGGAUAUCGAAAGUUUAUUUGCUAGCCACCGACCCCCUUGGUAUCAACGUAUCUUUUCGGGUGCCUCUACUACUAAUCAACCAAGAUUCUAUAAUGACGAUCAUAAUGCCUUUCACUCUUGGCUUACUAAAGAUGUUGCUAAACGUUUAGAAACAAAUAAAGAAUUAUCAAAGGAAGAAAUUCAAUCUAUCAUCGAUACCUUAAAGGAUGCCAUCACUCGUACCUCCAACUCGGCUCAAGAUAUUUCCAAGUUGGGUAACGCAGCAUGGUGGGAACAGGUCUCGAAUGAUCUUCAAAGACAAGGCAAGUUAAAGCAAAUUCAAACACAAGGUGUUAUUGAUUCCUUAAAGGAUGACAUCAAUGCUUACAAGAUCUUUGUCAUGGAUUAUGCAAAUGAAGCUACUGAUCAAACAAAGGGCUAUUUAGAUGCUAUUCGACAUUAUGUGAUGGAUACAGGUUAUGGUCUCUAUCAAUCCGUUUUCCAUCCUUUCAAGUCUCAUCCCAAGAGAGAUGCUCAAGUGAAUAGUGCUCUCUCUACCGCCUCAUCCGCUGCUGCCUCCGCUACAAACGCUGCUGCCUCCUCUGCUAACUCUGCUGCAAAUGCUGCUGCAAAUGCCGCUGCCUACGCUACUGAUGCCGCUGCUUAUGCUACUGAUGCCGCUGCUGCCUCCGCUAGUUCCUUGGUCAACGCUGCUGCUGCCUCCGCUAGUUCCCUUGCUAGCGCUGCCUCCUCUGCUACUGAUGCUGCUGCUGCCUCUGCUUCAUCCCUCGGAUCUCAUAUCACGGAUACGGCCUAUGAGACCCAACAGGGCCUUGGUCGCUUCUGGCGUCAAAAGGAAUUGGAAACCUAUCGAAAGAUGGGAUAUACUGAAGCUCAUAUCAAUUGGAUUGAAAAUUAUCUCUCAAAGGCCUUCCAUAAUAAAAAGAAUCUUACUAAAGAUACAAUUCAACAAGCCAUUCAUACUAUUCGUCAAUAUCUCAUCAAUGCUAAAGUUCAAACUAUUUCAAGUGUUGAUUCUCAAUUGAAAUCUCUUGAAGCUCUUAUUGAAAAUUGGAGACGUUAUAUCAUUCGUGAUGAAUUGUAA